AUGCGUACCCAGUUCCUUGUUAUCAGCGCUCUUGCCGCCUUCGCCGCCGCUCAGUCGACGUCCGACCUCCCCUUCUGCGAGGACGCGACCGGCACCAUUUCGGGCACUGGCUCGGCCCACCCCGCUGCCACCACUGCCAGCGCCCCGCUCGCCGGCUCGGGUUCCGCCUCGCACGCGCCGACCCCCUCUGCGGCCACGACCUCCAAGCCCUCGGCCGGCGACGCUGUCACUGCCCCGCACUUCAUCGUCCUCGCCGGCGCUGUUGUCGGCGGCGCCUGGCUUGCUCUUUAA